AUGGACUCUUACUCUUCGCCGCCUAUGGGAUCUGGAGGCAGAGCUGUUUCUCCCGAAGCAAUUAUGGAGCAGAUGGAAUCGCAGCUCGCUAAUGCUUACGCCGAGGAGUUCGUCGAGACUCUGAGAGAGAAAUGUUUCGACAAAUGUGUAACGAAGCCAGGAUCGAGCCUUGGGGGAAGUGAGAGCAGCUGCAUCUCCAGAUGCGUGGAUCGCUACAUGGAGGCCACUGGAAUUAUCAGUCGAGCUCUUUUCACCAAACGUUCUUGA